AAGUUGUGCCUUUUUUUGAAAUUUUGUUGUGCUUUUUUUCGAAACCACGUUGUGCUUUUUUUCAAAAUCGCGUUGUGCUUCUUUUCCAAAAUUGUGUUGUGCUUUCCUAACUAAAUAGGCUACGCACACUGUUACAGCUGUCUAGUUUUUGAGUGUUUUUCUGCAAAAAAAAACGUAUUUAAUAUUUGAAGCCAUGGCUUAAACAAAUUAGAUGAUUUAAAAAUGAGGGUGGUGUGGGGAUUGGGGACUAACAAAUCUUGUGGCUCUUGUACGUAAUUCCCUUGUGGGCCUUGUGAGCUUACGCAUUUGAAUUUUUGUUAUCAAACAAACAUAACCACGGAUCAGUGUAGGCUUAUCAUCAUUUCCCUUCGGUCUCUGUGUGGUGAAUGGUGUUGUAUUUACCGAGUAAUUACGAUGUUUCUGUAUAGUGUAGGUUCUCCUUUUUGUCGUCUGUGAUAUUAGUUAGUAGUUUUGUACAGCAUGUUCGAUGUAUUCGAGUAGAAUAUGGCAUUUUAUUGUAAUGUUUCUUGUGUCGUGUAAUUAUGUUGUAAAUAAAAGUAGCGUUAAGGGAAGCGAGUAUUUAAUUUCCCUACAGAUCAGAAGUGGUCACGUUUUUGAUUUUGAACCCAAUUGUGUGCGUAUUAUGCGCGUUUUCGUUUUCCUAAUGGUCAAUGUGCCGAGGUGCGAAGUGCUGAUCGCGUGAUGCCGCGUACUAAAAAGAAGAACGUGAAUGACGACGACGAAAUGUCUUCUAAAGCUAAUGUGUCUUUCGAACAAGUCAGCGAGCUGGUAAGGGCAGCAAGCAGCGCAGUUUUAUUGCCAGAUUUACAAAAGUUCAAUGGCGAAGGUUCGACAGCCGAGGCUAAGGAAUGGCUUCGUAGUCUUGAAGCUCAAGCAACUAUUGCUGGUUGGAACGAAAAGCAAAAGCUAGAAACGGCGAGGCGAAUGCUAGAAAGGGCGGCCAAAAGCUGGUAUUUGUUAAACGCGGAUGAUAUCGAAUCAUGGAAAGAUUUCCGAAAAUUGUUCUACGAAUCGUUUGUCGGUGAAGAUGACGCAAAUGUGGUCGAUAAGUUUCAAAGAUUCAAUGAUCGAGAGCAAAAAGAUGACGAGUCUGCCGUCGAGUAUAUUUUGGAAAAGUUACGACUGGGAAAAGACAUCGGUGCGUCGGUUCCAGAUUGUAAAAAUGCAGUUUGUGCUGGUUUAACGUCGAGCGAAAUGGCAAGUUAUUUGCGUGGCUUCGAUUAUAAGAAAUCAGCUGAUUAUUUGAAACGUGUUCGAGAAUUCCAAACGUAUAAAGGAAAAACGUCCGAGAAAAAUGAAAAAUCGAGUGAAGCAGAUUCAACUGCAGUUUCAUCUAAGCAAGGUGAUAAAGUCGUUUGCUAUAAUUGUAACGAAGUUGGCGAUCAUUUAGCCAAAAAUUGUCCGAAACCGAAGAAGCCAAAGUUUUGUUCGAAUUGCAAAUCCGAAGGUCAUCGAAAAUCAGAGUGUACGGUAAAUGGGAAUUCCGGCUCUAGUGGUUCAACUGGCGAAGGAAAAGGUUCCGAAGAGAAGGCUGUUGUUUUGUCUGUGUUUGCACGUGACAAUAUCGAAAAAGCGGGUCAAAAGUAUAUCAAGACUGCUUUUAUUGGUGAAAAAGUGAUAGAAAAUACGUUAAUCGAUCAGGGUAGUCGUGUGUGUGUAAUACAAGCAUCGACGGCGAUAUUACUGCGCAUCCCGAGCGAAGAGUGUAACGAGAAAAUUUAUGGUGUCGGAGAUUUCGAAGUUGGAGUUCAAUGUUUGGGUCGCCUUACAGUUCCAAUUACAAUCGACAAUGUGACUGUGAAAACCGAAGUUCUCAUCGUGUCGGAUAAUGUUUUACCUGCUCGAGUGCUCCGUUAAUAAUUGGACGGUCAUGGACAGAAAAUCCCGAAGUUGUUACGGUAAAAUUACGAGAUGAAUUCGUGAUUCUGUCAGCUAGCGAUCAAAUCAACUCGUUAUUUGAGAAAAAGAGUGUCGAUGUCGAAGUAGUGAAUAGUUCGAUUACUGAAAUGCCUGUGGAAAAUAUCAAGAUCGAGAAAAACGUUGUUAGUUUCGUGCGUGUUGAUUCGUUUAAAAAUAGUUCGAAGUCGAAGAGGAAAAUAGGUAGUGUGAAAACUUGUUCUUUGUCCGCCGAAAAACCGAAACGAGUGCGUUUUAAUAAUACUUCGUUGAGAAAUGAUCGGUUUAUUUAUGUUAACGAUAAAGAUCGUGAUAUUUUCGUGAAUAAAGACAGUGAAAUGUGUCGUUCUUGUUCGGCGUUCGUUUAUCGUCCUAGGAAAAACCCUACGAGGUUGAAAUCGGCGCGUUUUUAUUCGUUUCCGGCGUCGAGGACAACGCCGUUCUCAGAAUGGCCGAAUGUGGUGAAUGGUGUUGUAUUUACCGAGUAAUUACGAUGUUUCUGUAUAGUGUAGGUUCUCCUUUUUGUCGUCUGUGAUAUUAGUUAGUAGUUUUGUACAGCAUGUUCGAUGUAUUCGAGUAGAAUAUGGCAUUUUAUUGUAAUGUUUCUUGUGUCGUGUAAUUGUUGUAAAUAAAAGUAGCGUUAAGGGAAGCGAGUAUUUAAUUUCCCUACACUCUGUGCGCUUUCCUGCUAUACUCCCUAUUACUUCAUAAAAAUUAGUAAUGGUUGACAAUACUGUACCGUAAUGUUUGUAUACCUACUUAUCGUUAUCGCUUCUACUCGUACAAGCAAUAAUGGCCGGCGCUAUGUUUACUCGGUAUGAGUAUGUCGAAGAUUUCGUUAUCAAAUUAUCAAUAAUAAGGUACUAGACCUACCUAUAGGUGUAGGUAAAGAGUUGACAUUACCGGCGACGAACACUUGCGAUGAAAUUCAUUGGAACAACCUGCGAGCUUAAGAAGAAUCGAGGUUUGCUAGACUACAUAGCUUAGGUAAUUAUUUUUCUAUCGUUACACUAACGAUUUUCGGAGUCAAGUUGUUUAUUUUUUGUCAUCGAAUCGCGUCAAUAAUAAUUCCUCUCAAUCUCAAACCUUAAAGUCACAUAGGUGCCUCUGCCUACCAUACAUACCUAUCUACUGUUUUAAGCAGCUAUUAGCGGUGAUGCAGGUUGUCAGCUUGAUUUUUCCUCUCAGUUCCAAUACAUUAGUCAUUGAUUGAGUCUAGUGGACGUUUACAUUUUUAUGAUGUGAUCAUUUAUCUAGGUACAUAUUUUUCUUACGUACCUACGUGCAGAUUGUGAUUUCGAGAAUUCGAACUUAUUUCACCGGAUAGGCUUCAAAUGAUAAAAAAAGAAAAAAAAUGGUUUACUCAUUUAAAUUCAUAUUAAUUGGUAGAAUAAUUGUGCGAUGAAAAUCGACCAAUUUACGAGUACAACGUUGGUCGUUCGCGAUACAAUAUUCUUCAUCAAAUAUCCGCGGACUCGGCAUUUCAUUUUCUGCUUGUGGGAAUUUUUCAAGGUGUUGCUUCCUGUGUGAUUGAAUAUGGUAGUUUAGAUCGCGAGAAUCGAGUCUUUAAAGUAUGUAUGUAAUUUAAUUUUAAUGCUAUCUAUGAAGCGCGAUGCAAGCCAUAUACGACGACGUAAUCCUUAUCAAACGAGCCGGUGAUGCGUUUCGAUUGAUAGCAACUAUUUACUUACUGUUGCUGCUAUGGGAUUCGAAAAAAAGUACAGGUUUUUCAGGCAAAUCGCAAGCAUUGUUUGCGAUCGUGUACACUGCUCGAUACUUUGGAAAAUACGCGGGCGAUGUUCUUGUGCUGAAUGGGUUUGAAAUUGUAUUGAGAGUUACUCUGCUAUGGUCAUCCUACGUUAUAGUUUACUUGAUUUAUUAUAAAUUCGAACAUCAUUCCAGUCGCGAGCAAGAUAAGUUCAGGAUCGGAUAUUUAAUUGUUCCAUCCGGAUUGCUGGCCAUUUUAUAUAAUCCUGGAUUUUCCAGCAAUGUGAUUGAUUACGACGAAUUACGCAUGUUUGGGAUUCCUUUUGUUGAGCUUGGAUGGGCAUUCAGCUAUUAUUUGGAAGCCGUUGCAAUCUGGCCCCAGUUACUAGUGCAAUAUAUUCGUAAGAAUCGAGAAAAACAAGACUACGCGGAUUUUUAUUUGAUACUUAUGGGCAUCUCACGAUUAAUGUACUCGAUUUAUUCGAUUUAUGAAAGAGAACGCGAUGUGAUCACCGAUGUAAGCGGAAUGGUUCAAUUGUAUGCUUAUCUGGCAUAUUUUGUAUUACAAGUUGCAUUCAAUCGGAAAUCAGAUCGAAGUAAAAUUACAGAUGAUGAUGCAUGACCACUAUUAUUUUUUUGUUAUUGUUUUUUUAAAAUUAAUUUUUCAUUUUAAUUUUCUAACUUUUACACUGAGAAAUCUUACUUUUAUGCUGUUUUGAAAGAAAGGGAAUGGAAUCGAUAAAAAGGUACAGUCAAUUAGGUAUUCCUAAAAUUUGUGAUAUUUUUUCUUUAAGUAAACAUUGUAAAAAGUUCGAUUAGAAUUCAGGAAUAAUGAAAAACAAAACUGAGGAAUAAAUUUUUAGUCAGUUUUCAAGUAGGCCUAAUUUUUACUCAAAUAAAAGGAAAAUACAUAAUAAAUAAUUUUCUCCACACAAAUUAUUGAGGUAGGUAAUGAUUUUUAAAUUGGAAUGUAAUUUUUUACCAAUCUAAAAACUGAAUUUAUAUUCAUUGGUUAUUUUUUAAAAGUUUGUUUUUUUUAGAGACAGGGAGAGAGAUGGAAGUUUCUUAUCGACUACCUAUUUAUAUAUAUGUAUUAUUCAGUUUGUUUGAAUUAUUUAAAAAAAUGUAUUUUUCCAAACGAGCUAGGCAGGCGUCUGUUCUCGUGAAAUGGGUAAUUUAAUUUAUUGUUAAUUUUUGUAAGUACGAUGUUUGCAUUUAUGUUUGUUUUGUUGUGUUUUUUUUUUUUUUUUUUUUUUAAUAAUUAUAGUUUCAUUUCUA